AUGCCCACCACCGUCCACGGCAUGACCGCAUGCGAGCUCCACGACAAGAUCAAGCUCCUGAUUCACGCCCUCGUGAACAUGCAAGACACGACAGGCGAGUUUCUUCUCACGCUACCUGAUGGCCGCGUAAUCGAUACAAAGGGCUGGAACGACUGGGAAUGGACGCACGGAAUCGGCCUCUACGGCAUAUGGCAGUACUAUCAAACCACCGGCGAUGCCCAGUACCUGCGUAUCAUCGAGAACUGGUUCCGGGCGCGCUUUGAUGCCGGCGGCACUUCAAAGAAUAUCAACACCAUGGCCGUCUUUCUCACCCUCGCGUACGUCUAUGAGCACACGCGCGAGCCCACGUACCUCCCCUGGCUCGACUCAUGGGCGGAGUGGGCGUAUCAUGACCUGCAACGCACGAAAUACGGCGGCAUGCAGCACGUCACGUACCUGGAAGAGAACGACCAGCAGCUCUGGGACGACACCCUCAUGAUGACGGUCCUGCCGCUCGCCAAGAUUGGCCUCGUGCUCUGCCGCCCGCACUACAUCGCAGAGGCAAAGCGGCAGUUCCUCUUGCACGUGCAGUACCUCUUCGACGCGCGCACGGGGCUCUUCUUCCACGGCUGGACCUUCAACGAAGGCGGGUACAACUUUGCCAACGCUCGCUGGGCCCGCGGCAACAGCUGGCUCACCAUAGCCAUCCCCGAGUUCAUCGAGCUGCUCGACCUGGCGCCCGAAGACCCGCUCCGCGCGCAUCUCGAGCAUACGCUCGCCGCGCAGUGCGAGGCACUCAAGAAGCUGCAGGCGCAGAACGGGCUCUGGCGCACGCUGCUCGACGUGUCCAAAGAGGAAGGAUCGUACGUCGAGGCCAGUGCGACGGCGGGCUUUGCCUUUGGCAUGCUCAAGGCGCGGCGGCGGCGGUACGUGGACAGGGGCUACGAGGAGACUGCGGUUCGCGCCGUGCGCGCCGUGUUGGACAAUGUCAGCGACGGGGGCGAGCUGCUGAACACGUCAUUUGGCACGGCUAUGGGACGUGACUUGGAGUUCUACAAGAAGAUUCCCAUCACGCCCAUGCCGUACGGACAGUCAAUGGCGAUAAUGGCGCUAGUGGAGAUGCUGAGAGCAUACAUAUAG